AGGAAUACACAUUGACCAACACCCAGAAAAGGCAUACAAGACAAUUGGGGUUGGUAAUUACCUAAUUGUGAUCCCUUUCCUUGUUACUGUUACCCCUCGUUUGUUGUGUACACAGAGCAACAGUUCACAGCUAGCAGAGGAAGCAAUAGUGUUACCUGCAGAUAUGAGAAACAUCAUCUUAAAUCAUCUUCAGUGCCAAUGUAAACUGAGGAACCAACUACCAGGGAAACUAAGGACUUUCUACACAGCAUCUCAUAAACUAAGCGACAAAUCUACAAAACCUCAACUUGACUAUGAAUACUUGUGCGACCCUGAAAAUGCACAUAAAAUAGAUGAAUUAAUUAAAAGACGAAAGAAUUUAGGAAAUAUUUGGAAAGUUCACGAAAUCAAUAAAAAGUUGAAAUCCAUCAGCCCAUCAUCACAGGAAUAUGAAGCGUUACACAUGGAGUUGGAGAGAGAAGCACGAAAUAUUCCCAACAAAGCAAGUCCACAUCUUUGGGAUUAUGGAGACGAGCCUAAGAUAUUAGAAUUCAUCAACCCUAAACCCAAAUUUAACUUCACCCCAAGAGAACUCGGUGAACUCGGCCAGAUGUUGGAUAUAAUGAGGACAGAAAACUUGGGAAACAUAACAGGGUCUCGGAGUUACUAUUUUAAAGGAGCUUUGGCUGAUCUUGAACAAGCACUAAUAAGAUACACAGUCUCAUAUUUGUUGAAGAUGGGCUUCACUCUUAUGUCUGUACCUGACCUCCUGUACUCCCAUGUAAUAGAGGGUUGUGGCAUGAACACCAGAGGAGAGCACAGUCAGGUGUAUCAUAUUGUCAACCCUAAGGAGGAUGUCUGUCUGGCAGGGACGGCUGAAAUGGCACUUGGUGGUUUCUUAAAAAAUAAACAGUUAACACUUGAAGAGCUUCCCAUGAAACUGGCUGCUGUGUCUCGCUGCUACCGGGCAGAAGCAUCGUCUGCCCAGGAAGAAAGGGGAAUUUACAGGGUCCAUGGCUUCACAAAGGUGGAAAUGUUUGGAGUCACAGCAGCAGAAACUGGAGAGGAAAGUCCUCAACUGUAUUCAGAAAUGACACAGAUACAAAAGGAACUUUUUUCACAGCUUGGAAUUCAUUUUCAAAUACUAGACAUGCCUCUCAAUGACUUGGGUGCACCAGCCUACACUAAGACAGACAUGGAAGCCUGGAUGCCAGGAAGGGGCUUGUAUGGUGAAAUUUCCUCAGCAUCUAAUUGCAUAGACUAUCAAGCUCGUAGGUUACACAUCACCUACAGCAACAGAGAAGGGAUUCAGAGGUUUGCACACACAGUGAACGGAACAGCCUGUGCUCUCCCCCGGACAAUCAUAGCCUUGUGUGAGAGUUUUCAGUCUUACAACGGAACCAUCACUAUACCCCCAGUGUUGCGACCGUACAUGUCGGGGUUAGUGAACAUUGAGCCACCGUCUAUACCAUGUAAAAUGACUUGGAUAAAACAAAAGACUUAUCCGGGAAAAAUUCAAGGAUAAAUAUUUUUUUUAUUUAUAUUAUGGUGACAGAAAUCUUUAUAACUAGUAGACCACUUGAUCUCAGCCCCUCACUGUACACUGAUAAUUAUGUUAAAAUUUUACAAAGCUCAAUAGAACAUGUCAUCCAAGUGGUGAACUGGUGAUACUGUAUUUCAAUUGUGAAUUAUACUUGUUCUUAAGAUAUUUAUAUAAUUUAUUUUAAUACGAACUUGUUAUUGAGGCUCGGUGGGCAGCCUGACAUGUGAGGGAGAGAUGGAGGAAUAUUAGUUAGUGAUGAUAAUCGUUCACUUAGUCAGAUUUAAACUUUUUCUCUCUUGCUUUGCCUUCCUUGCAUGUGGCAGGGUGGGUGGAGGCAAGAACAGAUACAGACUCUUCCUUCAGUGGCUGUAAUACAUUCACUCAUACAACUGUAACCCUCCAUGAACCACUCAAAACCUUGCUCUCCUGUAACCCACACACACCACAUGUUGCUGUUAACCAAUGGUCAAUGGAAAUUGUUUAUAAAAUGGUAAUAAUAAAAUACACAACGAAUGUUAUUUGUUUACUGUCAACUUUAUAAUUGGAAAACCUGUCAGUAUGAUUACUUAUGUUUGUAUAAAACUGUACUGUAUAUUCAAAUAAAAUUGGAGGAUUGUGUUAAGUGAAACUGACUUGAGAUACUUUCUAUAAAACACGGAAGCCAGAAGCAAAUUUAUUGUUUAUUGUUAACUAAUGUAUGUUCAGUAGUGAAAAUAUAUAUUGUAUGUCA